AUGAAGCUAAAGCCGGAAGCCGUAGGUGUCAUCGUGCCAGCCAGGAGAGUUCCAGUGGCCCUUCAAGUCAAAGUCAAAGAAGAGCUUGUGCGCAUGGAAGAACAAGGCGUGAUAGCAAAGCGAGAGGUGCAUGAUCUGGGCCAUGUGCUCAGCGCCGAAGGCCUGCUUGUGGACGCCCAACGUAAUCAAGACAUUCUGGAAAUGCCGCCACCAAAAAACCCGUCUGUACUCGUGGGCACGACGAGAGCAGUCGGGCUACGGGCCCGAGCUUUACACCCAGCUGCCCAGCCAGAACGCCGCCGCCGUCUGCUCGUGCCACCAAGCCGCCUGCUUUACUUCUCCGAGACAGAGCUGGCCCGCUCCGGUCGCCCGGUCAACCAACUUAGACCACGACCUUUGAAGGGGAGAGGACACGCGAGGAGACGCAAGGGAGACGCCAGGAGAGUUCCAGGAAGCGACGGCAGGAGGAGGUCAACCACCGGAGCGGGCCUGGAAGACGGGCCGUCGGUUCCGGCCCCGAGCCACCAGGACUUCACCCGACCGGGGCCUCCUGCCAACCUGUUCCUGUGCGUCACCCGUCUACCCGAGUGUGCCGCCAGCUCCUCAAGGCCGGUGGGCUUCUGUACUCGUGGGCAGGACAAGAGCAGUCGGGCUUCGGGCCCGAGCUCUACACCCAGCUGCCCGGCCAGAACGCCGCCACCGUCUGCUCGUGCCACCAAGCCGCCUGCUUUACCUCUCCGAGCUAGAGCUGGCCAGCUCCGGUCGCCCGGUCAACCAACUAAGACCACGACCUUUGGUGAGACCGGCGCCACUCCUUUCACCUGCUUGUCGCAGCGUCGCAGCUUCGAGACUCUUAUGUAUCCCUGCCGUCGUGGCAAGCCCGGACUCGUGCACCACUUAGCUCCAUACUAGCCCCAAAUGUGUGUCUUGAUGUGUAUUUGAGUGUUUCUUUUAGGUUUGCCAUUUUCUUCUAUUUAUUUUUAAGCCUUCUUUAGUUCCAUUAAACGUUUGUGUGUGUGUUCGAAACGAACGGCUUUGUCCUCAAUUGGUUUCUCGGAGGCUCCGCCUAAGAGAACCAUCAGAACCUUUUGAGUACACGAACCUUCGUCCCAUAUUAGGGUCAUCACAGUUGCCAAUUCAGGACCCGUUUCUGGUAAAGAACUCUGAUGUGGUACUCGAUUACUUCAGGUCGUCAACACAUAAGAAUAUUAAGGCCUUCUCUGUAGACAUAAGAGAUCUGUUUUAUUCUUUACCGCAUUGAGGUCUCUGCUCUCCAGUGUUCAGUGUUCUAUUGACGCCUUCGGAAAGGUUGCCUUCAUGAACGCCACCGGUAUGUCGAAUGGCAAUUUCUUAGGACUUCCUAGCUUUUAUCUUCGGUCUACUUUCAUUCUGUGGGAAGGACAGCCUUGUAUACAGAAGGAGACAAUUUGCAUCGGAUCUUGUAUAGCUCCUAUUUUUAGCGAUAUAUUUUUAGCAGAACUUGACAAGAACAUAAGUGGUCGGGUUCCAGAUUUUAAGAUUCUCGAAGUAUUUAGAUACGUCGAUGACUGUUUAAUUCUACUUGACUGCAGCUCUAACUGUUUUGAUUUUUUAAACACUAAUGCACUCUCUUUUAUACGCGAGGGUUUAUCUCUAAAUGUAACGCAUGAACUGACGAUUGAUGGAAGUAUCCGAUUUCUUGGCAUUAAGUUUUUAUUUUCCAACUACCAUGUAGGCUGGAAGUACGAGCCUCGCGCGAACAAGCCACUGCUCCCAUAUCAGUCGGUGCGCUCUAAGUUGGUUAAGAGGGGAAUCGCAAAGACAUGAUUGCCAAACGCAUUAUGUAAGUCAUGCCCGGAGCUGAUGACCGAAAGCAUCAAGGAUCAGAUCCUCCGUCUUCGAUUGGCAGGUUACCCUACACAUGUACUUAUUAGCGUUGCUGAGGGUCCGCUCAAGUCGAAGGUAUUAAAGAAUUCCGCUAACCUGCCUUGUGUAGAUAAGAGGAGCGUUGCUGUCAUUCCAUAUAUCCACGGCAUAUCGCACUGUUUAAAGAAAUUAGGUCAACGUGCGAAUCUUACGGUUGUGUUUUCAACUUCUACAAAAUUGCAAUGUCUGUGCAGACUAACCAGGCCAGGCCUCUCUGACAAGCGCACGUGCAAAAAGAAACACCAGGAACUGUUUGUUGAUUGUGUGGAAGCAGAUGUUUACAACCUUCCUUUAAAGUGUGGGCAGAACUACGUGGGGCAAAGCGCAGGGUGCCUCAACGAGCGUGUAAAGGAACACCGGUAUAAUGUAGCAGAAAAGCGGGGUGGUUUCCUUGACGCUCACUGCAGGCAUUGCAAGUGCGGUGUUGCCAGGGUGGAUGACGGUGACCAGUCGACGUGUGCUUCAGUACACAUAGACUGCUCCAUUGUUACUAGAGCCCUAGGUGGGAUAACUCGCGAAAUUAUAGCAGCAGAAAUGAUUGAUAGGCGUGGGGAUAACUGUGUGUCAGAAUCAUCAAUCACCCUUUCCCGCAAAGAGUUAUCCUACCUGCGCAAUGGUGUGUAAGGAAUUUUUGCAAACAGCCCAUGUAUGAUGUACGCGAAAAAGUUGUAUAUAUGUAUGGGUCCCUUGCUCGAAAUAAAGAUUGUUGCAAGUUAGCGCC